AUGAUUAAACAGUUUUUGAACGAUAAUUUUGUUCCUCGAAUUCCAAAGAAGGUCGAGGCUCAGGAGAUUAAAGAGACGGAGGUUGAAGCUUCGGGGUCAGCAAAACAUAGAUCCCUUGAUGGAAAGGAAGAGAAGGAUGCAAUGAUGAACGAUGGGAGAGAACAAAAAAGUGAUGGUAAUUCGAUUUUCACUGUUUCGACGAAUUCUACUGCAGACAAUUCAAACCAUUUACAUCGGUCAUUGAGAGGUAGACAUGUUCAAUUAUUGGGAAUCGGUGCCACAAUUGGUUCCGCUUUGUUUGUUUCUAUUGGUAAAGCGUUGGCCAAGGGUGGUCCGUUGAAUUUGUUAUUGGCAUUUAUAUUUUGGUCAAUUCCUAUCUUAUUUAUAACUGUUUCUACGGCAGAAAUGGUUACUUAUUUACCUAUUACGUCGCCAUUCGUGAGAUUGGCAGGUAGAUGCUGUGACGAAGCUUUGGAAAUUAUGACGGCGUGGAAUUUCUGGUUUUUAUGUUGUGCGCAAAUUCCUUUCGAAGUUACUACGGUUAAUUCUAUUAUCCACUUUUGGCGAGACGAUUACUCACCAGCAAUUACUUUGGCCGUUCAGAUCGUUCUUUAUUUUAUCAUCAAUCUUUUAGGUGUUGCCGUUUACGGGGAAACAGAGUUCUGGUUGUCGUUGGGUAAGGUUAUUUUGGCAACGGGAUUGAUCAUUUUUACAUUUAUUGCCAUGGUUGGUGGGAACCCACAGCACGAUGUAUUUGGAUUCCGUUAUUGGAAAAACCCAGGACCAAUGAACACAUAUGAUCAUGGUGGCGAUUUAGGAAGAUUUCAGGGGUUUUUAGCAUGUUUAAUUCAAGCAUGUUUUACGUUUGCUGGACCUGAAUAUAUCAGUUGUGUUGCUUCGGAGACGGUUAAUCCUAGAAAGACUUUGCCAUCUGCGUUUAAGCAAGUAUUCAUCAGGUUAUCUGUGUUUUUUGUUGGAGGUGCUCUUUGUGUCGGUAUUUUAGUAGCUUAUGACGAUCCGGUAUUAGUAGCUAACAUGGGCGCAAGUUCUCCAGGAGCAGGCGGAUCGCCUUAUGUUAUUGCAAUGCAAAACUUGAAUAUUAAAGUCUUGCCGGAUAUUAUCAAUGCUUUGUUAGUCACAGCAGCAUUUUCGGCUGGUAACUCUUACACCUUUUGUUCAUCAAGAGUAUUAUAUGGUUUCGCAUUAGAUGGAUAUGCUCCUAAAAUUUUUACUGCCACUACCAAAUCUGGUAUACCAUUAUACUGUGUAAUAGUUUCCUUAUUAUGGUCGUUAAUUUCUUUCUUACAAUUAGGCGAGCAAGCCUCAGUCGUGUUAGAUUGGAUUAUGAAUUUGAUAACUUCAUGUCAAUUGAUGAAUUUUACCAUCUUGUGUGUGGUUUAUGUUUUUUUCUAUAGAGCAUUGAAGGCCCAAGGAAUCGAUAGAAGAACAUUACCAUUCAGGUCUUGGUACCAGCCAUGGUUGGCAAUUAUUGGUGGUAGUCUUGCAUUUGUCAUGAUCUUUGUCAGUUGUUACGAGGUUUUCGAACCAGGUCAAUGGGACGUUAAAUCGUUUUUAUUUACCUAUCUUUUCGUUUUCAUCAACAUUGGUAUUUUUGUUGGUGUUAAGCUAAUCAAGAGAACAAAGUGGAAGAAUGCAAAGGACGUUGAUUUGGUUACUGGUCUCAAAGAAGUGGAAUUGUACGAAGAAGAAUUCUACUUGCAAGCAGCCCGUGAUCGAGAGAUUAAGGAAGAUGGCCAAAUCAAAAUGAAGUGGCAUGAAAAGUUUUUCACAUUCAUUUUUGGAAGUGAGCUUUAA